AUGACCAAGUUACAUGGAGAAAUGAGAACUAAUGAUCCAGUAGAUGUCGACUUAUUUAUCGAAAAAUUCAUAGAAAUAUCAAAGAGUUAUAAUGCCGAUCAAAUUUAUAACUUGGACGAAACGGGAUUGUAUUACAAGCUGAUUCCUUCGAAAAGUAUUUGUAGAAACAGAUUUCAAGGAUAUAAAAAUUUCAAAGAUCGUGUUUCUAUUAUGCUAUGUUCAAAUAUGAGUGGAAAUCAUAAAUUGAAACCUGUGAUGAUCUCGAAACCUAAAAUGCCAAGAUGCUUUAAAUCUUAUGACUAUAAAUGUUUCAUUGAUUAUUAUAGCUCAAAACGAGCUUGGAUGACAGGAACAAUUUUUACUAACUGGCUAUUAAACUUUGAUUACCAUCUCAAAAAUGAAAAAAAGCAAAUUUUACUUCUCAUGGACAAUUGUCCUUCACAUUGUGUUCCAUCAAAUUUGGAUAACAUAAAAAUAUUGUUUUUUCCUCCAAAUAGUACUGGUCUUAUUCAACCUAUGGAUUUGGGUAUAAUAAAAACAUUUAAAACACAUUUUACUCGACACAAGUUAAUGUAUUUGACUGAUUUGUUGGAACAGCAAAAUAUUUCAGUAUACAGUUCCUACAAAAAGUUAACUCUAAAGGAUACUGUAAUUUUCGUAAAAAUGGCUUGGGAAGAUGUGUCUGAAAAAACGAUUGCAAAUUGUUUCGGGAUUUUAAGCAACCCGUUCAAAAAGAAUCAUGUAGUUGAAGUUCAAGAUAUUGCAGUAGAAAAAACUGACAUUUUUGAUCCCUUAGAAGUCGAAGAAUUUCUUAAUUUUGAAUAUUCUGAAAAUGAUACAUUUCAAGACGUUGAGGAUAUUGAAAAUAUAAAAAAUGAAGAAGUAGAGGCUGAGGUAGAAUCCAAUGAAGUAGAAUCCAAUGAUUCAAUUGACAAAGAAGACAUUGUGGUUAAGUUAACUAAAAUUGAAAACGACCUCCUAAAAAACAUUGAGAACGAACAUGAAGUUCAAUUGAUUACAUCCAUAAGGCGCUAUAAGGAAAAUGUCAUUAAAACUCAAAAAAGCAGAUGGGCAUCCAAUUCUACUUUAAGAACAUUAAUAAUGCUUAAUUACUUAAAAUUUUCUGGAUAA